AUGUCUGGCCGCGGCAAAGGCGGGAAGGGUCUUGGCAAAGGCGGCGCUAAGCGCCACCGCAAGGUGCUGCGUGACAACAUCCAGGGCAUCACCAAGCCGGCCAUCCGGCGCCUUGCUCGCCGCGGCGGCGUGAAGCGCAUCUCUGGCCUCAUCUACGAGGAGACCCGUGGGGUGCUAAAGACCUGUGUCAAGUGCAUUUUUUCACACAGUUUUUGCCAGUGGAGACAUCUUCAUUAUUCCUAUAGUAUCCUAUCUUUUUAA